AUGCAACGAUCCACUCGAUAUCUGGAGGAUUCGGUUGAUAAGCUUGAUCUUCAUUGUAAAAAAACUCAAAUUUGUUCAAUAAAGAUGUCAGAAAAAGAAUAUUACAAUAAGAAAAAACCAACAACUUUGUCCGGAGCUCAAUAUAGGAAAAGAAAAGCAAAGAAAUUGCAAAUCGAACAAGAAUUGACUGGUUCCCUAAAUAAAUUCUUGACUGUGGAAACAUCACAUUUAGAAAAAAAACAAAAAAUCGCGUUUACUCAUGUUGAAUCAGGUGCUAGUGCUGCAAUAACAUCAGAAAAAACAGAACAAACCGAAGAAACAGAACAGACCAACGAAACGCAAGAACCAGAAGCCGGUAGCAGUAGUAUAACGUCAAAAGGAGUAGAAGCUAAUAUCAUUGCUAGGGCGUUACAAGAUGAAGUUGAAGAAAAUUUAGAUUUUCCUUCAAAUACAACCGAAUUAUCAAACUCUGCUUUAAAUUUUGAUGCAAACGACCCAGAAACUAUUGCCAAAUUUGAUAAUGUAAUGGUUGAACAUUUACGUCGCAUUCAAACAUCCGAGAGAAAGAAUAUUGCACAUUAUUUAGGAGAUGGCAUACAGAAUGAAAUAAUUCAUUUAAUUUCUGAAGGCAUAAAAAAACAAAUUUUAGACAUGUUUCAAAGCGCAAAAUAUUACUCGAUAAUUCUUGAUACAACUCCAGACAUAACUCAUACGAAACAAUUAACUCUUGUUAUUAGAUAUGUAUAUCACAACAAAAAUAAAAAUAUAGCAGAAAUUCAUGAACACUUUUUGGGAUUUUGUGCUGUUGAGAACACCACUGGGCAGAGAUUAUAUGAAUUUAUUUUAAAACAUUUACAAUCGUUGAAUCUCAGUAUUUCUAAUUUACGUGGUCAAGGAUACGACAAUGGCGCAAAUAUGCGUGGCAAACACAACGGGCUUCAACAGAAAAUUAUUGAAACAAAUUCUAGAGCCUUUUUUGUUCCGUGUUCUAAUCACUCAUUAAAUUUAGUAGUUAACGAUGCGGCAAAAGUCUCUUUUGAAACAGUUAAUUUUUUUGUCAAAUACAAGAUGGGAAGGAAAGCCGUAUAGAAGCGAUAAAGUCUCGCAAAAUUAAUAUACAUGAAAUUUAUCAAGCCCUCUUGGAAAGAACUGAAGAUACAACUAAAGAUAUAGAAUCGAGA